CCACAGAGACUUAAAACCAGAGAACCUACUGCUGGACGAGAAGAACAACAUCCGGAUAGCAGACUUUGGGAUGGCAUCACUGCAGGUUGGGGACAGCUUGUUAGAAACCAGCUGUGGAUCACCACAUUAUGCGUGCCCUGAAGUCAUCCGGGGAGAAAAAUACGAUGGGAGGAAAGCAGACGUCUGGAGCUGUGGAGUCAUUUUAUUUGCGUUGCUAGUGGGUGCCCUGCCUUUCGACGACGACAACCUGCGGCAGCUGCUGGAGAAGGUGAAACGUGGAGUGUUCCACAUGCCCCACUUCAUCCCCCCCGACUGCCAGAACCUCCUGCGGGGGAUGAUUGAAGUGGAUGCCUCGAAACGUCUCACGCUAGAACAUAUUCAGAAACACAUAUGGUAUAUAGGGGGUAAGAACGAGCCAGAACCAGAGCAACCAAUCCCUCGAAAGGUGCAGAUUCGUUCUCUCCCUUCCCUGGAGGACAUUGACCCAGACGUGUUAGAUAGCAUGCACUCGUUAGGCUGCUUCCGCGACCGAAAUAAACUCUUACAGGACUUGUUGUCGGAAGAAGAAAACCAAGAGAAAAUGAUUUAUUUUCUUCUGCUGGACCGGAAGGAGAGAUAUCCUAGUCAUGAAGAUGAGGAUCUUCCUCCUAGAAAUGAAAUAGAUCCCCCCAGGAAGCGUGUGGACUCCCCAAUGCUGAACAGGCAUGGGAAGAGGCGGCCAGAGAGGAAGUCCAUGGAGGUUCUCAGCGUGACAGACGGCGGCUCCCCAGUCCCUGCUCGCAGAGCUAUUGAAAUGGCACAGCACGGACAGAGGUCUCGGUCAAUCAGCGGAGCGUCGUCCGGGCUCUCCACCAGUCCACUCAGCAGUCCAAGGGUCACCCCUCACCCCUCUCCAAGGGGAAGUCCCCUCCCUACCCCCAAGGGGACACCUGUCCAUACGCCAAAGGAGAGCCCAGCAGGCACACCCAACCCAACACCACCAUCCAGCCCCAGCAUUGGAGGAAUGCCCUGGAGGACACGGCUCAACUCCAUCAAGAAUAGUUUCCUGGGGUCUCCUCGCUUCCAUCGCCGGAAAUUGCAAGUACCUACACCUGAGGAGAUGUCUAAUUUAACCCCGGAGUCAUCCCCAGAGCUUGCCAAAAAAUCCUGGUUUGGUAACUUCAUCAACCUGGAGAAAGAAGAGCAGAUUUUCGUGGUCAUCAAGGACAAACCACUAAGCUCCAUCAAGGCUGAUAUUGUCCACGCUUUCCUCUCGAUCCCAAGCCUCAGUCACAGUGUCAUCUCCCAGACAAGCUUCCGUGCAGAAUACAAGUCCACAGGAGGUCCUGCUGUCUUCCAGAAGCCAGUGAAGUUCCAGGUGGACAUAACAUACACAGAAGGGGGAGAGGCACAGAAGGAGAACGGGAUCUAUUCUGUCACCUUCACACUCUUAUCAGGUCCAAGCCGUCGUUUUAAGAGGGUAGUAGAAACCAUUCAGGCACAGUUGUUAAGCACACAUGACCAGCCUUCAGUGCAGCAGUUAUCAGACGAGAAGAACGGGCAGGUGAGCCACCCCCCCGGCACGCCAACCAAGCAUAGCGCAAACAGCAAGCGGAGCGAGUCCGGUUCUAAUGACUAUGGGUCUAGAGGAGACAAUAAGUACCCUGCUGGCAAAGACAAGGCAAAGAUGGUCUCAUCAGUCGGCCUACAAGACCAACCUUAAAUAAACACCUUAAAAAAUAAAUUAAAUCACUUAGGAAAAAACAAAAACAAAAGAGCAAGAAAGAAUGAAAGAAUAUUCCUUAGC